CCACUGAGAGUAAAUGCCAUCAUCAGUGCAGUUAGGUAUGGUCCACACCUCAACAAGGAGCAACUACAGAAAUUGCGUGAAUUGGUAGCAGAAUUUGCUGACAUGUUUGCACUGUCCAUCCGAGAGGUAAAACCGGUAGACUUCAUCAAAUUCCACCUGCAGAUACCUCAAAACGCAACC